AUGAAUAUAGAAAUUCCAAUUGAUGUUCCAGCAGAAAUACAAGAACAAGUUGUUGAAAAAUUAGAAGAAAAAGGUGUGAAAAAGCGCCUUGAAAGAAAAGUUCAGCUUGGAAUCAACAUUGCUAUUCAAGAAUUAGAAUCUAACCAAACACAAGACAGUGUUUUAAUGCGUAAAAGUACAAUCAGGGAAGCUAAAUCAGAAAAUGAAGCACUACAUAGAAUUUACAAAUAUUUGCAAAACAAAGGUCUCUUAUAUACGUAUCAAUGCAUGAAAGAAGAGGUUGCAUCUUCUAAAAAACGUUCAUACACAAAUAGUAGUAUGAGAAAAUGA